AGGGGGGAAACGCAUGAAGGAAACUGGUAGAAUGCAACCUGCACCAGAACUCUAAUCCGACUUCCUUAUUUAUUUGUCUGUAUUUCGUCAUUUAAGAGUGAAUUUCCACAGCAGUAUCCGAGGCGAGCUGGUUCCUGUGUUUAAAGAAGCCCCUUUCACACUUUUUGAUUUUUUCCUACCGUUCUGCAGGAAAAAGCCACUAACAAAGUAAAGCUUUGCUGUGUAAAAGUACACACAGUUGCAGUCAUAUCCUUCUUUGCUGGGUUCUGUGUGAAAGGCAAAUACCUCUAAGUGGCAGAUCUACCGCUGGGGCUGUGAUGAGGCUUUAAUUGCAGGAUCUGUGUAAAAGACACAAGAAGAGGAGGACUAGGACUAGGAGGGGGAAGGGGAAUGAAGUGGGAGGUCUCUGGAGAUGAAGAGAGAGAAGCCAGCCAGGUGAAUCGGAUCUCAGUCCAGCACCUAUCAUGACCACACCUCGGUACCCAUAGCGUGGAGAAGGGAGCAGACGAGUUGUAUGAGGAACCAUGAUGGGACACAGGAUGGUGAGAUGUUGGAAUCUUCCAGAGGCCACUUUGGAGGGAGGAUGCUGUCUGAAUGGAGGCUCAUCGUCUUCCAUCCCCAAAAAAGUCAUCUGUAUCAGCCUCUCCACUUCCUUGCUCCUGGUCCUCCUGGCUCUGGGAUUGACUGGACAUCUUGGGCUGCCCAAGCUCCACUCACGGUCCUCACAGGCUGUCCGAAUCAUUGCUCCAGACCCGAGCGGGGCCCUGCUCCUCAACCAGUCAGCUGUUGUAGACCAGCAAAAUGGCCUUGUGACCUUUUCUGUGACGUCAAGGACGAAUCUCACAUCCACGGUGCUCUUUGACAUCAAGCAUGGGGUGAUAUGUUACCAACCAGUCAUCCAGAAAAGCUGCUUCCUCCGGACCAUGGAAACGUCAGACUACGAGAAUGUUCACGCCUUACUUCAAGCGUCGGCACACAAGAGUCACUUCCAGCUGUCUGUGAAUGAGACCCAGAGGCGCACAGAGUUCUUAGGGGUUCUGGCUGCUACCCAGACAGACCUCUCCAACCUGGAGGAACCUCUCCGGGUUCUGUGUCGAGACAGGCCCAUCCACUGGACCAAGAGGGCUGACGGACCGGGCAAACAGAGGCUGGUGUAUUUCUGCAUAGACAUCUGCUUCCCCAACAACAUCUGUAUGUCUAUGUGCUUCUACUACCUGCCUGACUGAUGAUGCCUUGUCCUCCACGGCCCCCAUUUUUAGCUCGCUCGUUAAGGCUGGUGGGAUUCCUUCCUCAUUUGUACUUCCUGUAAUCAUUGUAAUGCAAUGUCACGUGCUCCAAUAAUAAAAGCUGUA